CAUACACACACACACACACACACAGACACGUAGUAGGCGGAGGCAAGAAGCCACACACACACAUUGGAGGGAACCCCAUCAGCUGUGGGAAGCAACACAGCCUGAACUUAAGUUUUAUUUUUCUAAAUCCAUUCUUCAGAUUAUCUGAUUUUGAAGGUGUAUUUUUUUUUUUAAAUUUAUUUAGAUAUGCGCCACUGAGGAGUACGGCGAGAGGUCUGUGCCUGAAUAAGUACAUCAUUGUUUUUUUAAACGAGGGCAGCGGUGGAGGAAGAAAAAAACACCGAAAACACGGACUACAGAAGGUGGCUUGAAAGCAUGGAAUAUUUCAUGAUGCCGACAGAGAAGAUGCCACCGUCCUUACAGCAGUUCAAGAAGACGGAGAAGGAUGUUAUCGGCGGUCUCUGCAGCCUGGCCAACAUCCCGCUCAGUCCGGAGACGGCCCAGGACCAGGAGCGACGAAUCCGCCGCGAGAUUGCCAACAGCAACGAACGUCGGCGCAUGCAGAGCAUCAAUGCGGGCUUUCAGUCGCUCAAAACACUCCUGCCCCACACGGACGGGGAGAAACUGAGCAAGGCGGCCAUCCUGCAGCAGACGGCAGACUACAUCUUCGCCUUGGAGCAGGAAAAGACACAGCUCCUGGCACAGAACAACCAGCUCAAGCGCUUCAUCCAGGAGUUCAGCGGCUCAUCACCUAAGAGGAGGCGAGCAGAGGAGAAGGACGAAGGGAUUGGAUCUCCGGACACGCUGGAAGAGGAGAAAGUGGAGGAGCUGAGGAGGGAGAUGUUAGAGCUGCGACAGCAGCUCGACAAGGAGCGCUCGGCUCGUAUGCAGAUGGAGGAGCAGCAGGUGCGAUCUCUGGACACCCAGCUGCACCCAGAGCGUCUGAAGGUGAUCACCCAGCAGGUGGAGGAGGAGCAGGCGAUCCUCCAGAGCCAGACGCUGUUACGGCUGCAGCAGAUCCACGCCGCCGACAGACAAACACACAGUCCCCAGGUGUUGGCUCCUCCCACUCCACCUGCACCAACCCAUCACCCCACGGUCAUUGUCCCGGCCCCAACACUAACCCAGCAACCCCACCAUCACGUCACCGUGGUGACCAUGAGCCCGUCUGUCCACACCAACACCGUGUCCACGUCCAGACAGAACCUGGACACUAUUGUGCAGGCCAUCCAGCACAUCGAACGCGCUCAGGAGAGGAGAGCGAGCGCCGAGGAGGAGCAGAGGCGAGCGGUCAUCGUCAGCCCCGCCCAUGUCGCCAUGGACACCGCCUGCUCGGACACAGACACCGACACAGAGGGAGAAGACUGCUCAAUGAACUGAUCCACCCCAACCCACACGCACACACACACACCUACACACAUCCAUCAACACUUAAAAUACCUACUCACUGUAAGAUUCCCUCCAGGAGCUUGACUACUUUUUAAAAAGAAAAAAAAAAAUCUUUCUUCGGCAUUAUCCAUACUCUUAAAUCCAGUGGUUUAAGCUCUGUGUCAGUCUUGUACUGUAAAAUCUCUGAAGAUUGAAAACUAGGAUGGUCAGCGUGCAGAGGAGGCCCCCGCGGUGUUUCUAGAGGCUGUUUUUCGAUGUCAGAGCCGGUCUGUGGCUACUUGAAAACUUGAGGGUCUCUUCGUGUAAAAAGCUAUCUGCAUCAGUCCGUCCAUCACAUGUGUGCUACAUACAGUCGCAGUAUCACAGUUACCCAUCGUCACUGGCACGCUGACAGUAUUAUUUGUGCUACAAAUUGAUGGAGUCAGUACAAUGGAGAGUUGAAUGUAACAACACAUAUAAGCAAGCAGCUCUUAAUUCUGAAAGGUGAUAUAGAGUUGCACCUUUUUUCUUUUUUUUUUGCCCAGUCUUAAUUUGUUUUUGUUUGUUUUGUUUUUUUCCUGAUUUGCCAGGUGAUAUUCUAGUGCCAGUGGCCAUGAAAAGCUCAACUUAAAAAAACAACAGAAGGCAUUUUAUAAAUUGAAUAAAGUUCGGGAAAGAUUUACACUUAAUCACAAAGCUAAUUGGAUGAUAGCUGUUGAAUGAAAUUCUGUCUGAUUUACUUGAAGAAAAAAAAAAUGUGUUUUUUGAUAUCGAAAUAAGCCCUUAAAAAUAAGCUGAUGAACAAUUUACAUUGAUCGUCUUUUGUUUUUCAUGUUUUUGUUAAUUUUUUUUUUUUUUUUCCUGUCAGGGUUACUGAAUGUUAAAGGUGAAGAUUUUGUUAUAUUGAGAUUAACAACUUAACAUUGGAGGUUUGUCAGGUUUUCACAGGAAACCGGAGGCCUUGAGAUAAACCGUUGCAAAAGUCUGGUUUUUAAAUUUUGAGCCAACCAAAUUAGACUCAUUCAUUUAUUACCGACUGCUGUGGGUGGUUGUUAGACCUCUAAGGUUUUUUUUUAAAAAUGGAACCACGUGAUGAUUCGUUGAGCAACACAAACAAACGUUUAUUUUCAAUCUGACUUGUAUCAAACGUAGUCCUUUACAUGUGGACUAAUCUAAAGUUUGGCUGAUGUGAAACAGAUUUCCAUGACUCACACGCUCCAAAGGCUUCCGGUUUUCCUCCAAAGACUUCCAGUCUGUCUUCUGUCGUCUUGGUUUGUUGAUUUCAGUGACUAUGCACUAGAGUUUUUUGGUAUUUAUGCAAUUCCAUCUUCAGUACAUUUGUUGGUGUCAUUUCUACAUGAGGUGAAGUUAUCUAUGCACCGUUGACAGGUGUGUACAUUACACCUACAGUAUAUGUAUGAAACAAAGAAUGUAGUCUCUAUUUGUAAGGUGCUCUUUGUCAACCUGGUGCUCUGCUGACCAGCAGUGAGCUGAGGCCCAAACCCUUCGUGUAACUUCACACUUGAUCGCGUGUGAUUUUUUUAUUUUUUUGGUGAAAUGAUGUGCAUCAUUUCCUCAUCUUGGAAUUGCUUAGAGAGCAGGGGAGCAGGGGCGGGGGUGUCUGAUUGCGAAUGACAGCGCAUUUAGUGUUGUCUCAUUGUGAUAUUUGAUCACAAGUCGAAAAAAAAAAACCUUUGAAGGGGAGCAGAGGGGGAACCCA